AUGCCUACUCAGGGAAUCUUCAUAUAUGCACCAACCUUCGAUCAGCGCGUCGAUGGAUUUGGAACCGGCAACCCAACGCCUCGAAUUUCUUGGAAAUUUGGCAACGGGGACAGAUCUAUUCGUGCCUGGAGUCAAGCCGAAUACGAGUUGGAAAUCAAUAGAGAUGGUGUAACCAAAUCCUACUCCGCCAAAAGUGACCAGUCUGUUUUAAUCGAUUGGCCAGACGAGCCAUUGCGCUCAAGGGACAGGGCUUCCGUGAGAGUAAGAGCUUGGACAAGAAAUGAAGUCUGUGUUGAUAGCUCCACAGAGUGGUCUCCAUGGGCCACAGUGGAGACCUCGCUGCUGUCGAAAGAAGACUGGGUAGCCAAGAUGAUAUCGAGCUCCACACUAAUCCAAUCGGAUGAACCUAUUCGCCCACCCCGCUUUCGAAAGACGUUUGAAAUCCCAAAAGGAAAAGAUGCAAUCACGUCCGCCAGGCUCUAUAUCACCUCGCAUGGUGUCUACAACGCUUUCAUAAAUGGAGUCCCAGUGGGUAAUCAUCACAUGGCCCCGGGUUGGACGACCUACCAUUCAAGAUUGAACUUCCAAGUCUUCGACGUUACGAAAUUGCUCCAGAGUGACAAUGUCCUCGCGGUCGAACUGGGUGAGGGAUGGUAUGCGUCUCGGCUUUGGCGUGAAGGCCGCUUUGUGUUCGGCAAGGACCUCGCACUGCUGUCGCAAUUGGAAAUCAGUUUCAAGGAUACCACAGAACGGCUCACGGUGACAUCAGAUGAGACAUGGGAGUCAAGUGUCGGUCCAAUUCUCAGCAGUGAGAUCUAUGACGGCGAAGUAUACGACAUGGCGCAAGAACAACCUGGAUGGAGCUCCACUGCCUUCAGCUCUCAGUCAGUAUGGACACCUGUGCGAAUCUUGGAAUUCCCCACCGAGCAACUGGUUAUACCCGAGAGUCCUCCAGUGCGAAUAAUUCAAGAGAUUGAGCCCAAGGAGAUAUCUAGAAGUCCCACUGGAAAGCUUCUGGUUGACUUUGGUCAAAACAUUGUGGGCAAGCUGCGUAUUCGAUCACUUAAAAAACCUGAAGGCAGCCUAGUCUCUUUUCAGCAUGCCGAGGUCCUCGAGAAUGGCGAGCUAGGCAUCCGCCCUCUUCGAAACGCCAAAUGCACCGACACAGUCAUUUGUUCUGGGGAGGAGCUUGAGGAGUGGUCACCCAGCUACACAUUCCAUGGAUUUCGCUAUGUGCAGGUCGAAGGCUGGACCCCCGAAGAUGAGAUCAAUCCUCUGCAGAGCUCGAAUCUGACUGCUUUGGUCAUGCAUACGGAUAUGCCGAGGACUGGGUGGUUCACGUGCUCCAAUGACUUGGUGAACAAACUGCACGAAAACGCACUUUGGGGGAUGCGAGGUAAUUUCUUCUCAAUCCCGACAGAUUGCCCUCAGCGCGACGAGCGACUGGGAUGGACAGGAGAUAUCCAGGUUUUUUGUCCAUCAGCAUCCUAUUUGUACCACACUGCAGGAAUCUUGGGGGAUUGGCUCAAGGAUCUUGCCUGUGAGCAGGAAAAAGGAGGCGGUGUUCCGCCCAUGAUCGUGCCAGAUGUAUGUCUAACCAAGCCGGCUCGCCCUCCACAGGCCGUAUGGGGAGAUGCAGCUGUUUUGGUGCCCUGGGUCUUGUAUAAAUACACGAACGAUGCCAAGAUACUUCAGGCUCAGUAUGAUAGUAUGAAGUCCUGGCUUGACCAAGGAUGUCGUCGCGGGCCGGAUGGUCUGUGGUCGGAUUCGCUAUGGCAGCAUGGAGACUGGUUGGACCCUUCCGCUCCACCAGAUGACGCUGGAAACGGCGCAACAGACGGGGUUCUCGUCGCAGAUGCCUAUCUUGUCCAUAGCACUCACGUCAUGAGCAAAGCCGCUGCUAUUCUGGGACAAGAUGAGGACACGCAGCGUUACAAAUCCGAUUACCUGAGAUUGAAGGGCCUGUUCCAGAAGAAAUAUAUCACCCCGGCUGGCUAUGUUGCCUGUGAUACGCAGACAGCUCUCUCGCUCGCUAUUGUUUUCCAGCUUUUUGAGGACUCGGAUCAAGUGAAGGUGGCCGGAGAACGCCUGGCACGACGCGUCCAAUUUGCUCGAUUCCGGGUGUCAACAGGAUUCGCCGGUACGCCACUCGUCACCCACGCUUUGACCAUGGCGGGCAAACCCGAAAUCGCAUAUCGCAUGCUUGUCGAGAGGGAAUGUCCGUCAUGGCUUUAUCCCGUCAUCAUGGGCGCAACGACUAUCUGGGAGCGAUGGGACAGCAUGCUUCCUGAUGGCAGCAUCAACCCUGGAACGAUGACCAGCUUCAAUCACUAUGCGUUGGGAUCAAUCAUCAACUGGCUUCACCAAUCUGUUGGAGGGAUUAGCCCCACAGAACUUGGCUGGAAGAAAUUCCUUGUCCGACCUGUGCCUGGGGGUGGUAUGACUUCUGCAGAGGCACAAUACGAUAGCCCCUAUGGGUUGAUAACAAGUUCUUGGAAGUUGGAUGGCCCAGGCAAAUUUCGCAUGCAGCUGAUCAUUCCUCCUAAUUCGACGGCCUAUGUUGUAUUACCGGAUAGACAACGACACGACGGCGAUACUUCAACAGAGCAAGGCAUCCAAUUUGCUUCCGGUGAGUACGAGAUAUACUGUGAUUAUACCCCGAGAGCCUGGCCGCCAAAGGCACUUCUCACGCUGUUCCGGGAGGAUACUAGCGGUGAUCCGACCGAGAUUCCUAUACGUUGA